AUGCCCGGACAUCAUCCCCACGGGCCCAACAACGGAGCGGCUACCCUACAGCCGGGGGGCUACGGGGCUCUGACCCAAUCGACCUCGGCCCACCUUGGACACCAGCCGUCGAGUAUCGCCCACGUUGGGACAACGGCCUCUGGUGGAGCACCCGGGCAAAAUGGCUCGGCGAGUCUCGAUGACGAGUGGCGCAACAUCCACGUGAUGCUUAAUUGCAUUCUCGGUAUGGUUGAGAAGACGAAACGCGCCCUGGCGAUUCUCCAGAGGCGCGGCUGUUCGAGUCCGGCGACGGCGCCUACGGCUUUACAGACGCCGGUUGUUCUGGCCAACGGGGCUCAAACGACGGCCGCGACCCAGCAGCAGCACCAACAAGAUAUUAACGACGCGAGCAUUUUUAAAUUCCGCAUCUUGGUGCCCUAUGUAGAGGAAGCUGUGCAGGAGGUUAAGAGAGCAGCGGUUGCGGAGGUGCAACGCGCGGUCGCCGUCGCCGUCGCGGAGUCUCGGGCGAGCGAGCGACUACGAAGCCAACGAUACCUGGACAGUUUGCCGAUGAACCAGCAGCAGCAGAGGGGCCGACCGAGUCCGUUCCUGGCACGAGUCACAGCCACGACGGCCACCUCCUCCUGCGGCGACGACCUCGACAAGGACGCCCAUCUUCAAAGCGGCAGUGUGGUCAGUGAGGAGGGGGGAAAGGACAUGGAAAUCUGUAUGGCAUUUACACGAGCCACGGAGGAGAGUGCUGUGUAA